AUGACAGCGAGUCACAAGGGAUCCGGAGCCCAUUGUGGCUCCAGAAAGAAAACUCAGCUGUCAUUCGUAAUUCGGGAUCCGAUCGAACGAGAACACCGCUCCGGCAUCAACUCGCUCCAGUUCGAUCCUCAGCUGAACCUCCUGUAUUCGGCCGGUAGAGAUUCCAUAAUCAGAGUGUGGAAUGCGAGCGGUUACCGAGAACCGAGUUAUAACCAAUCGAUGGAACAUCACACCGACUGGGUGAAUGAUAUUGUGCUCUGUUGUGGUGGCCGCUACCUGAUCUCGGCGAGUUCGGACACGACAGUCAAAGUGUGGAAUGCUCACAAAGCUUCAUGUUUAUCGACGCUUCGAACCCACAAGGAUUAUGUCAAGGCACUUGCCUAUGCCAAAGAUCAAGAACGAGUGGCCUCGGCCGGUCUCGACAAAAUCAUUUACCUAUGGGACGCCAACACGUUGUCCGCUUUGAGCGUUUCGAACAACACGGUGACGACAUCAUCUCUCACUGAGAAUAAGGACAGCAUAUAUUCGGUUGCAAUGAACUCGGCGGGCACGAUCAUCGUGAGCGGGUCGACCGAGCGGGUGAUCCGGGUUUGGGAUCCGCGAACGACACAGAAACUGCCAAAACUCAAAGGUCACGCCGACAACGUCCGAGCCCUCGUGCUGAACCAGGAUGGUACGCGAUGUCUUUCAGCCAGCUCCGACGGCACCAUCAAACUCUGGAGUUUGGGCCAACAGCGGUGUAUCGAGACGAUCCAAUGCCACCAGGAAGGCGUUUGGGCGUUGCAAGUCGAUCCGAACUUCACCAAAGUCUACUCAGGAGGCCGAGACAAGAAAGUCUACGUAACGCAUUUGUCAAACCCCGAGAUAAGCGACGUCGUCUGCGUCGAGCACGCACCGAUUCUGAAGAUGCACCUCACCAACGACGGCCAUCUCUGGGUCGCGACGACGGACUCAAGCCUACGGAAAUGGUCGCUGGCGGACGAGAAAAUAGGUACGGCGGCGACUACUCUCGAGAGAAGCGAAAAGAAACCCGUGGCAACCAUAAAAGGGAGCGCCAGCAUACGGCAGUGUAAAGUAUUGAACGACAAACGCCACAUUCUAACCAAAGAUACAAAUGAAAAUGUUGCUCUGUACGACGUAUUAAGAGGUAGUAAGGAAAUUUUGGGGAAAAUCGAUUUCGAAGCCGAGGUGAAGAAACGCUUCAAAAUGAUCUACGUUCCGAACUGGUUCACUGUCGACCUGAAAACCGGUAUAUUGUGCAUACAUUUGGAGGAUCCGGACUGUUUUGCGGCAUGGGUCUCCGCGCGAGAGGUCGGCCUGACCCCUCCGGAGGGACAGGACCCCAAAGUCAACCUCGGAUGCCUAGUGCUGCAAUCGCUGUUCGAAUACUGGCCACCUGCGAAAGAUGAGGAGCAACAUAGCCUCGCCACAGAUUGGCCCGAGAUCUGUGUUCCAAAACAUACUCCGCUAAUUUUGACAGAUCUAUCCGAAGGGAGGACGUUGGUUCGGAUGCUGGUUGGAGACGCCAACAGGGAGGCGGAACAACAGCUUCUGCACGACUCGCUACCACUCUGGGCCACCGAAGUCAUCGUGCAGAAGAACAUGCCGCUUCUGAUCAAGAUUCCCUUCCUAUUGCUACCUCACAAUACGUCGACGGGGAUCAAACCUCUGAGACGGGAAAGGCUUUCAGCGAUCGACAUGCUCCAAGUCAAGAAAGUCAUCGAACACGUGCACGAGAAGGUGAUCGGUCAGAACUCCCAGGAGGGGGGAACUGCUACGGCAGCUUCGACAGCUGCCGCAACGACUGCGGCCUCGACGGCCGCAUCGAAUGUCGGCGCAAGCUCAAUGCCCGCCGCUGCGUCCCAAGGUCAGGUCGAACUUCUCUGUCACGAUCAAGUUCUCGACCCGAACAUGGAUCUCCGUACGGUGAAGCACUUCAUGUGGAAAAGCGCCGGGGAUCUCGUCCUUCAUUUCCGGUCGACCAAGUGA